CAACGCGGCAUCUCUAACGCCUCUGUCACGUCGCCGUCACGCCGCCUUCCUUUCCCCGUCCCAUAUCGUACCCUAUUUUAACUCCUCCCUUGCUUCAACGGGCGAAGGCGAAAAGGUUUCCUUUUGAACUCCCUCAGGACGCGAGCGUUCCGCGAGAGCUUUGCUUCGAAUCGAGGGCUUCCGAAAAUUCGAUCUCUAGCUGCCCCAUCUUCGUUGCCUCAAGGUACUCGAUAUCGUUUUGCAACCUUGUUGCCUCUUGCAUGGGAGAUGGUGGCGUUAUGGCUGUAGAAGUAAUGAAGAUUGAGAAGAGUUGUGUGGAGAAUAAGCAACUGGCGGCUGCUCCAAGCUUGUCCAUGUCUGAGGGAAGUUAUGGGUUGUCUACGAUGUCUCCUUCUGUUUGUAGCUCCUCAAGAUCUUCCCCAUUCGAUAGGAGAGCUAGCGGGCCAAUGAGGCGAGCUAAGGGUGGUUGGACAGCACAAGAGGAUGAGACAUUAAGGAGAGCAGUUGAAGCCUAUAAAGGAAGGUGCUGGAAGAAAAUAGAUGGCAUAAUCAUUUGGAUCCAACGAUAAGAAAGGUUGCUUGGACUUCAGAGGAGGAGCU